AUGACAUUGCCUUCAGAUUAUUAUGCCGUUCUUGGCGUACCAUCCACUGCAACCCAGCAACAGAUCCGCAAUGCCUACAAAAAAGCAGCUUUAAAAACCCACCCCGAUCGGGUUGCCUCUGACUCCCCCGAACGUGCAGAAAGAACCCGUAAAUUUCAACAAAUUAACGACGCAUACUAUACACUCUCGGAACCCACUCGUCGUCGCGAUUAUGACGCUGCCCGUACAUAUCAUGGAUUUGGCUCUGGAGCCUCCACAGCCUCCACGUCUAUGGAUGAUGAUGAAGAAAUUCCCGAUCCAUCUGCUGGACCUGGUGGAUUCCCAUGGUCUAGUUUUGGCUUCUCGUCGAAGGCGAAGAACCCAGAGGAGGAAGAGAAAUUUCAAGACGCACAAUUUGGAGAUGUAUUUGAAGAGAUGUUGAGAGAAGAAGGAAUGGCAGAGAAUAAUAAUUCCCCUACCGGGAAGUUCUGGAGUAUGGUGGGUGGAUUGAGUGGAGGAGCUAUGGGAUUUAUUGUUGCGAAUUUCCCGGGAAUGUUAGCUGGAGCUGUGGCAGGGAAUAGGUUGGGUGCUGUGAGAGACGCCAGGGGAAAGAGCGUUUAUUCUGUUUUCCAAGAACUCCCUCAAGGCGAUAAAGCAAGACUAUUAAGUCAGCUCGCCGCAAAGGUUUUCAGUCAUGCUGUGGGUUCAUAA